CGCCGGACCGGGGGGGAUAGAUUCCCAGAAGUGGGAUAACUGGAUCAGAGGGUGGUUACCCUGUGUAUAAGAGUGUGUGUCUCACUGCACCUUCAAUGGCAUUGAGUAGAUUGUCAGUAUUUAAACAGACCACAUCAUGCGUGAGUACAAGCUAGUGGUCCUUGGUUCAGGAGGCGUGGGGAAGUCUGCUCUGACAGUUCAGUUUGUUCAGGGAAUUUUUGUUGAAAAAUAUGACCCAACGAUAGAAGAUUCUUACAGAAAGCAAGUUGAAGUAGAUUGCCAACAGUGUAUGCUCGAAAUCCUGGACACAGCAGGAACAGAACAAUUUACAGCAAUGAGGGAUUUGUAUAUGAAGAAUGGCCAAGGGUUUGCACUAGUAUAUUCUAUUACAGCUCAGUCCACGUUUAAUGACUUACAGGAUCUGAGGGAACAGAUUUUACGGGUUAAGGACACAGAAGAUGUUCCAAUGAUUUUGGUUGGCAAUAAAUGUGACCUGGAAGAUGAACGAGUAGUUGGCAAAGAACAGGGUCAGAACUUAGCAAGACAGUGGUGUAACUGUGCCUUUUUAGAAUCUUCUGCAAAGUCAAAGAUCAACGUUAAUGAGAUAUUUUAUGACCUGGUCAGACAGAUAAAUAGAAAAACACCAGUGGAAAAGAAGAAGCCUAAAAAGAAAUCAUGUCUGCUGCUUUAGACCCACAGUAAGCAGCAGCUCUGAGCCAGAUUACAGGAAUGAAGAACUGUUGCCUAAUUGGGAAGUGCCAGCAUUCCAGACUUCAAAAAUUAAAUCUGAAGAGGCUUCUCCUGUUUUAUAUAUUAUGUGAAGAAUUUAAAUCUUAUAUUGGUUUGCACAAAUUCCCUGGAGAAAAAAAAAAUUGCUCUGUGUAUAUCUCUUGGAAAAUAAGACAAUAGUAUUUCUCCUUUGCAAUAGCAGUUAUAACAGAUGUGAAAAUAAAUAUACUUGACUCUAAUAUGAUUAUACAAAAGAGCAUGGAUGCAUUUCAAAUGUUAGAUAUUACUACUAUAAUCAGAUGAUUUCAUAUUGACCUUUUUAUCAUGAUUCUUCCCUGUCAAGCACUAAAAGUUGAACCAUUAUACUUUAUAUCUGUAAUGAUAUAGAUUAUGAAAUUUCCCCUCAAACUCAUUGCAGCAGAUAACUUUUUGAGUCAUUGACUUCAUUUUAUAUUUAAAAAUUAUGAAAUAUCAUUCUGUCAUUAUAUUCUAAUUAAAAUUGUUUGUGCAUAAUGCUUUGGAAAAAUGGGUCUUUUAUAGGAAAAAAAACCUGGGAUAACUGAUUUCUAUGGCUUUCAAAGCUAAAAUAUAUAAUAUACUAAACCAACUCUAAUAUUGCUUCUUGUGUUUUACUGUCAGAUUAAAUUACAGCUUUUAUGGAUGAUUAAAUUUUAGUACAUUUUCA